AUGGGAACUCUAAGGUCUGACAAUGUGGUUGGUUCAUGGCAGUCUCAAGUGGCUUCUGGUCAAACUAAGCCAGUUUCUUCAAACCUGUCUCAGAGAACUGUAAAGAGCCAUCAAACAGGUUCAUACACUUCAGAAAAAGCUUCAAAUGCCUCCAUGUUUAUGCAUGCAUCUGCCUCAUCUAAUGCUACCUUGAGAUUAAGUGAUGAAGAGCUGGCACUUCUAUUGCAUCAAGAAUUAAACAGCUCCCCUAGGGUUCCAAGGAUACCACGUGUGCGGCAAGCUACAGUUAUGCAAUCAGCCACCAACAGUGGUAUGAGUGUUUUCUCUAGACGUCCUGUCUAUGAAGGGAAGGAUCAAAUCUCGGUAUUUAGAAGGAAAAACAAAGAAGAUGGAUAUAGAAAUCUUAACUGCAAUUCUCAGGAGUUACAUGGUGACAGCAGGAAGAAGGCUAGGAUGGCAUCAUUUGCAUACCACAAACGUCAGCAAUUAGACAAGAAAAAAGAGUCACAUAUGAGAACCUCUGACAUGACAAUCAAAACUGUUCCUCUAGCCCCUAGGGAAGGUAAUAGAAAUGAUCCUUUUUCCUCUCCAGAGAUUAGUGAACAGAAUACCCCAGCAGCAUGCAGCUCAGUUGGCGAUGUUCAGAGAGAUGAUGGUAGUGUUAUUUGUCGCACUUUGCCUGGAUUAAUAGAUGAUAUAUUGAGCAAAACAAAGCACAUAACAUAUGAAGAGCUGUGUGGUGCUGUUCACCCUCAUUGGUAUGAACUGAGAAAACCCAACGGAGAGCGCUAUGCGUAUCCUACUUAUUUACAUGCUGUCCAUGACUGUUUACGGAAUAGGAGUGAAUGGUCUCAUUUGGUUGAACAAGGCCCCAAGACAAAUUCAAGCAAGAGGAGAAAUGUUGAAUUUGAUUCUGAUGCACCAACAAUUGAAUCUGAAAGUGAGAAGGCAAGUAGCAGAGCUUCAAAGGAUGAAGAUAAUGGAGUUGAAUCACACCGAGAUGUCCCAAAAGGCAAGCGCAAUGCACGGAAGCAUAGGCGGCUUGAUCUACGUGGCACAGGUUCAGAAGAGAGUAGGAAGAGGGACAACAGAGCUGCCAUUUCGGAUUGUCACACUCCUUUCUCACAUUCAAACAAUGAGGGCACUGAAUUGGCUUUUAGUGAGGAUGAAAAUCAAGGAGCUGGACCACAUAAUAUUGGGAACGAAACAUCAAGUUCCAGUUCAGAUGAUUCCGGCUGA